AUGCUGACCAAAGCGGAGCUUGCACGCAUUAUUAUAUCGUACGAAGAAGGAAGGAGGGUAAGGAUAACUAAUUCAUUAUUUAAAGCAUGUUCUCAUUCGUUUGUGUACUGAGAACUUGGAUACCUAAAUAACAGUGAAGUUAUUCAAUAAAACCCAGACAUUAAAACCUAACCAAUUAAAGCUUUCACGGAAUGACGAAAAUGAGUACGAGUAUAAGCAUAUCACUUAAUAUUACUAUUCAGUUUCUUUAUUAGGUGCUAAUUCGUAUCUUUCAACUAUUUUAGCUUCAUCGUGAUGGUGGUGAUGAUGGUGGUAAUGAUGAUGGUGGAAAUGAUGGGGGUGGUGAUGAUGAUGGUGGUGAUGGUGGCGGUGAUGGGGGUGGUGGUGGAAAUGAUGAUGGUGAUGGUGGUGGUGGUGAUGAUGGGGGUGGUGGUGAUGCUGGUCAUGGUGGUGGUGGUCGUGCUGGAGGUCCUGUUCGUCGUGUUCGUCAUCUUCGUCGUUUUGUAGAUCACCUUGGCCUCGGUCGAAAUAUUGAGGAUGUUUUUGGUCGUGGGAAUCAUAUUGGUGGUGAUGGUCGUCGAGGAGAUGAUGGUGGUGGUAAUGAUGGCGGUGGCGGUAAUAAUGGUGGUGGUGGAAAUGAUGGUGGUUGUGGUUGA